GUAAUUUCUUUCCCUCGAAUGCUCCAAAGGAAAUGGCGUUUGGCCGUUGGGCUACACUUCCUGGAGACGGUUGCCACAACCGUUCGUUGUUCCUCUCCUCUUGAUUGUUUUAGUUUGUGUGUUACUAAGGUUUGACUUUGGCUCAGGAGUCCGACAGUUUCUGCAAAAAAAAUGGCUUUUGCUUUAAACAGGAAAACAGAUUCAAACGGAUGUUACAUCUUCUCAAGUCGCCCCAGACCUGUUAAGGACCGCUCCAGACAAGGAGAACCUCUGUCUGAACAGACACGCAUUAAUUAUGGAAACAUUAUGUAUGAUCGCCGUGUUGUCAGAGGAAACACAUACUCCCAACACAUCAUACCACCUACAGCUCUGCCAGACCCUGCUGAAAUGCAAAGACAACAGAAGAUCAGGAGAGCCAUUGCUGGAAAACGUGCCAAGGAGCAGCUCAGAUCCACGACGCCCGAGGCCCUGCAGGGCAGAAAACACACUGUCGUCCAAACAGAGCUUUAUCUUGAAGAGUUAAGUGAUAUUGUAGUGACUACGGAUAUUGAGUGCCAGACUGAUGCUUUCCUGGACAAACCGGCAACCCCGCUCUUUAUACCUGCCAAAUCUGGUAAAGAUGCUGAAACACAGGUAGAGGAGGCAGAGUUGUUUGACUUUGACAAGGAGGUGCAGCCAGUGUUGGAGGUCCUGGUGGGUAAGGUAAUAGAACGAUCUCUGGAGGAGGUGAUGGAGGAGGAGGAGCUGGCCCAUCUGAGGGCCCAGCAGAGGGCCUUCAAUGAACUUCGAAAUAACGAGCUGGCAGAGGUGCAGCGGCUUCGGGAGCAGGAGAGACGCCACAGUGAAGAGGAAAAGCGUAGAAUUGCACAGCAGAGGGAGAUGCUGAAGAUAGAAAGAGAGACUGCAGAGAAGAUUGCUGCUCGAGCGUACACCCAGCAGUACUUGGCUGGCCUCGUACCAGCAGUCUUUACCUCACUGAGAACUCAUGGCUACUUCUAUGACCCCGUGGAGAAAGAUAUUGAGACUAAUUUCUUCCCGUGGCUGAUAGCUGAGGUUGACCACAGUUUGGAGAGGAGAAACACAGCGAGAGAACUGCUGGACACUAUCAUCUAUGAUGCCACACAGGAGAGACUGGAGAGGUUCAAAGCACUGGAGGCACAGCCAGCUAAAUCUGAGAAUGCAGAGAAACAGUAGUGAUAAUGAUUCACGGAGAAAGGUCAAGGGGCACCAAUGUAUUCUCAGAAAUACUUUUUUUUCACAAACUAAACUAUGAAGCAUUGUCCCUUUCAGGUCAUAAUACUGGUGCAUGUGUGUUAUUUUUGUUAAAAGAGCCUUUAAUUUAAUGCAUGCAAAGACAAUGACAACAUUCCCAAUACCAAAAACAAUAAAACACAAAGUAUUAUAAUUCUAGAAAAUUAAAAUACAGGUUUCCAUUAUCCUUUUGAGAGUAGAUUUUUACAGAUUUUCCAAUAUUUAAAAGUUUUUUUAAGAUCAGUACAAAGAUAGUAACCCUGGCAUUUUAUUGUUUUGAUUAUUUUGUUAUGCAAGGACUGUUGUUAUAUAAUCACAGUUUUGUUGCACUUAAUUAAUGAAGCAGGUUUACUGCUUGAGGCAGUUUGACAAGUAUGUAAAUAAGUAAGUAGAUGAAGACUUAUUUAUUAGUAGGUAGACAUUUCGUGGCUAGUUUAGUCAAACAGUAAAACCACAGUGGUGCAGUCAUAAUAUCAGAUGUGGCCAUGUCAAGUUCUGAACUAUUCUUACAAAUCAAUUUUACCUUUUUUUUCUUCAACAAAAUAUCAAUUUGGAGUGAAGUUUAAAUCUGCAAUAUGCCAAACUGUGAAAUGUCUUAAGUUCCUAAGCUGUUUCUGUUCUUGAAUGUUUUCUGCUGCAGCCUUAAAAAUAAAGUCAUCUUCUUCUUCUUCUUA